CAACGUUUCUAUAGAAUCCCUGUUUGACCCCUCACAAUCAAUCCGUCAAAAAACGAAGAAAAAAAUAAGUAAUGCACAUUUCCUGUUCUCUGGAAGCCAGCAGCAGCAGACAUCGAGCAAAUUCAAAUUUGGGCGAUCCGCUUGGUUGCUGUCAAAAAUGGCGACGGAAACUGCAAGACUUGAUAUUGAUAUCGGCGAACAACCCCCUGUGUUUGAGAUACUUCAGGAGCGAAACUUCGAUCAGGGGAGAGAAACGACGCCAGCUGCAUUCGAAACACCCUUGGGUGAUCCAUCCCUUGAGUAAAUUCAGGGCAUGGUACGAGGUAUUUUUGGUGUUCGUCCACAUGAUGAACCUCUUCGGAAAACCCAUAGACGCCGGUUUCGCCAGAGGUCAAUACCCGUUAUAUUGGGGACACAGGCAAGUGUCCAUCAUUCUGGACGUUUUGUGUUGGAUCGACAUAUUAAUGAAUUUCUCGACGGGAUUCGUCAAAGGAACAUCUCGAAAAAUUGAAAUGGACCCCAAACAAAUAGCAAGGAAUUACGUGCUGGGACCAUUCUUUAUUUUAGACUUGCUAUCGUCUUUUCCAAGAAACCUUCCUUAUUUCAUCAUGAAAAAACCAUUCAAACCACUGCUCGGAAUGAUCAACAUAUUUCUAUCUCUCAGAUGCUUCAGAAUAAUGACGCUGAUGUCUCUCAUAUACCGUAUAAGUCAGUAUUUUGAAAUCAAUAAGAGCAAAGGGCUCAUAUUUCUCUUUUGUUCGAUUUUGAUAACCAUGAUUGUCAUCCACUGGUUGGCAUGCUUUCAACACAUAGUACCCAGACUGACGGGGAGAUACUUUGUCACAAUACCCUUCGAAGAAAGUUGGAUAUACCAGGAUGGUAUUUACGAACUGGAUCUACGAGAUAAAUAUCGCCAUGCUUUUUUCAAGGCGUCUUCCGAGAUCUUGGGAAUACGGUUGCAAUACUACAGAAUGACAAUCACCGUAGACUACGUUGUUGCCAUAAUCACGUAUAUACUCGGAAAAAUUCUGAUGGUCUCGAUAUGGAUUAUUCUGGCCGUUGCUAUUCUGAACUCGAGAUCCAUGGAGAUAAAAUUUGAGGAGAUCAUCAAUCAGCUGUCCGAAUAUAUGAAGCAAAAACAGCUGCCAUUCAAUCUGAUGAGCAGGAUAUCGCAGUACUAUAACUUCAAGUACCAGAAGAAGUAUUUCAAGGAAAAAAUGAUCACUGAUUUAUUAUCCGAACACCUGAGGGAAGAAGUAAACUUGCACGUAUGCAAAUCCCUCAUCUCUAGCGUAGGGAUAUUCGGCGAAUUAACCCCUGAUCAGCUGAGCAGCGUGGUUGCCAAGUUAAUCCCUGAAAUCUUCCUACCGAAGGACACCAUCGUCCAAUCUGGAUCAACAUCAGAUUCGAUGUUCUUCUUGUCCAGCGGUACUGUAGCAGUUUACACGCAUUCAGGAAAAGAGAUGUGUCAUUUACAAGAUGGCGAAUAUUUCGGAGAAGUCUGCCUCAUACUGAGAAACCAAUCGGCCAUUUGCACGAUAGUCGCCAUAGAAAUAACGCAAGUGUAUCGACUCAGAAAGAGAGAUUUCGAAAGGACGCUGAUGAAGAACAAAAGCGUCUACAACAAGAUUCUUCAUCUGGCAGAAAUUCGCCUGAAACUAAUACAUCAAGCCGAAGAAACUUACAAGCGAGAGUUAUUUGAAAAAUCUUUUCAGAUAGAUCCGGCCACGAAGUCGACGACUCCGAUAGAAGAAUUAUGAUUUGAGCAAAUUUAGUUUU